AUGCGGUCGGCUGCUGCAGGGUGUUGGACGUGUCGCAUUCGCCAUCUCAAGUGUGACUUGGAGAAACCCUGCUGUAAAGAAUGCACUGAGCGAAAUGUUCGCUGUCACGGGUACGGGCCCAAGCCAUCAUGGAUGGACGGCGGAUUAGAGGAGCAAAAAGAACGAACACGAAUCAAAGCCACAAUAAACAAAAAUUUUCGAUAUGUGAAGAAAAUGCAGCAUCUAAAUCGGCGAAGACAUAGAGAGGAGUCUCAAACAUUGACUGAAAUUCAAGGAAAUGAUGAAGUGAUGGCAGAUCCAGUGGCAAGUCCGCCUCGAUCUUCACAUUCGACAUCUUUGUCUCCUGGCAAUCAAGUUCCCGAAAUUAUACCCGACUACGAAGACCAUGCUCCGACAUGUUCCCCCAGCAAUGCCAUUGAAACUUUCCCUGCGUCAAGCCCUCAGCGUUUCAAUGACGGUUAUGGGGCAAUUGACCACCAAGAGGCUUGUUUGUUAAUGCACUAUCUUGAUCAAGUCUUCCCUUGGCAGUUUCCGUAUCAUGACUCUCGGUCUCGUCUAGGUAAUCGAGGCUGGCUCUUCUUGCUUUUGAUCAAGCGUGGACCACUUUAUCACGCCGCCUUAAGCCUGUCAUCUCUUCACCAGAGCGCUGUGCUUGGCAUCGAGGAAGAUAUUCAGCGGAAGCAAGAGGUAUUGGAUCAUCACUCUACAGCGCUGCGAGAGCUCUGUGAUAUCAUGAGCGAAAAGGGUGAUAAGUUACGCGACGACCAUGCGCAAUUGGCCGAAUUUUUAACAUGUAGUUUCAUGUUGAUCAGUUUUGAGGUGUUCUGUGGUGCAGAACAUGAUUGGUUUCUACAUCUAGAUGCUAUUGCCUCCGUCAUGCGUCAACUAUCACCCGAGGAUAUAUUCAAUUCACAGACUCAAAAUAACACUAAUAUGAAAUGUCAAUCUAAUGAAGGCCUCGAAUUCCUCAUGGUCGGCGUCAUAUGGUACGAUCUCUUUGCUUGUAUCUCAACCGGCAGUAUACCAAGACUCCCUUAUCAACGCUGGCUCCAAACACCGGGAUUCAAUACGGCGGAUCUCAUGGGCUGUCAUAAUUGGGUUAUGAUGGCUAUCGGGGAUUUGGCACACCUUUCGGCAUGGAAAGACCAGCAAGAAAAGGACGGUCUACUGAGCAUUCGAGAUCUCGCAAGCAAGGGCCAAGAAAUAGAAACAAGAUUAGAGACAGGCAUCGAGAGCCUGGAUAUGGAGAGAGCUGUAGGGCUUCCAUCCUUGACGGUCUUCAAACGAGUAGGCCCCUUACUAACCAUUUUGCUAUACCCAGGGAGGCACCAAUAUCGGGCACCUGCCGAACUGGCUUUCUCAUAUUUUCGCGCUCGCAGCUCUCAUUUUACUCCAUACCAUCAUUUCUGGGCCUCUACCCGCGCUACCAGAGAUACAGAAUGCGGUCGCUCGAAGCGUUCAUGCACUUGA